UGCCGGAAAUGUAUUCGAAGAAGAAGAAGAGAAAGGAAGCGAACAGAGCAAGAAGACCAACUUGGCGCUUUUUGGAUGAAGAAUAUAAUUAAUACUGAGCAACAAAAUGGACUGCAGCUCAGCUGGCGUGCCCACUGAUGUGGCCCAAGGCUCUGCAGGCAAUGACAGCUCCAGCUCUGAAGAUUUUGUACCUCUCUCGAAACUCCUGGCGGACCCACGUCAUGAGCGGAAACAGUCACCUGAGAACAGACGCAGCCUAAUCCUCAGCUCCAGCAUUAAAUCAAAAAAGGACAGAAGUGAUGACUCCUCAGAUGACGAACCUUUGAUAAAGAUGAAAACAGCUUCUGCACCAGCUGAGAAGCCAGUGACUAAAGACAACACUCCAACCAGCUCUAAUGGCACAAACAACAAGAAAGCAGAUUUAAAUACAGAUGAGAGCUCUGACAAAGAGCCUGUCAUAAAAAUUGCCAAAAUGUCGUCCAAAGCCUUGAAGAAGCCCUCCUCAGUGCCUCCAAAAACAACUGUCAAUACAAAGAAGAAAGAAUCCCUGGAGGACGAAGACAGUUCUGAUGAUGAGCCUCUGAGUGAACUUGCCAAGAAACUUCAUUCCAAACGUCAGAAAAAGGAAUCUGUCGUGACACCUAGAAAAGCAACCCCAGUUAUGAAAUCGAAAAGGAACGCAGCAAGGAAAACGGUUAAAUAUGCAGAGUCUUCCAGUGAGGACUCGGAGGAUGAACCACUGGCAACAAUGAAGAUGAAGCUGACAAAGGCUCCUAAAGAGAAAAAGACUUCAGCAAACAGCAAGAAAACUAAACCAAAACUUAAAGGCAGAUCACUAAAAGACAGGAGCUCGAAUGAUGAUGAUGACGAUGAUGAUGAUGAUGUGUCUGUGGUGAAUCUUACUGCCAAGAGGAAACAAGUGAAGAAAAACACAAAGAUGACAGCAGUAUCACAAGUCAGUACGUCAGGAAAAAGACAAGGACUUUGUGAUGAAAGCUCAGAAGAUGAACCUUUGAUUAAUCUUGUGAAAAGGAACCGCACAGACAAACAAACCAAAAGGAAGGUUUCAGGUCAGAAGAAAAGGAACAUGACUACCAAAAAGCCAAGAAAGAGGCUCGUGGCAGGGUCAUCAUGCAACAGUUCAGAUGACGAGCCCUUAAUCAAGGCAGCUAAACACCUACAAGUGACCAAAACCCUGAGAAUAAUACUGACGAGGUGUGAUGGUGAAGGGACUGGAGCAACACGAAGCCUGAACAGAAGCAGUGCAGACGCAACAAUCGCUGACAAGACCUUGACCGAGGUUUCUGAGUGCUCAGAGGAAUCGUCAGAAGAAGAAUAAGCAGAUGAAACAAAGCUGCGACAGUAUUGAAAAUGUCUUAUCGUUGUUUCCGUUCACCUUCUGGACCGGGACCUUCAGACCACCCAGUGGCUCCAGGUUUAAAGGACUAUCAAAAGUGUAAACUCCUCAGAGAGACAACUCCUGAUAAUUACAUUUGGUGUACAUGUAAAGUGCAUUUUAUGUACAUGACAUAGAUGUUAAUUUAAAGUGUUAGUAUUCUUGCUCCUGUUUGGGGUCAAAUUUUGUAGGCUCCUGAAAGAUUUUAUGCAGUCUUUGAUGUUAUUUUCCUCUUUGUGCCCAUUAUUUGCAUUGGCCGCCUCUUCUGUUUUUAUUGUUUGUUUGUUUUUAAAAAGAGAAUUCAACACUCAUCGAUAUUACACUGAAAUUACAUUUGUGCUUUUAUAUUAACUGCACACACAGCAUGCGGCAGUGAAAACAUGUUGUGUUGGAUUAGAUGCUGUCAAAUUCACUAUGAAG